CCUGGUCUUCGAGAUCCCAUUCCGGGGACAGUUUAUAUGGGUUAUUGUGCUGACACUACUCCAGGGGUCGUGUGGAAUGGCUUUCGGUCUAAUGAUAUCUGCAAUUUGUGAAGAGGAGAACUCAGCGACAAUGUUGGCUUUGGGCUCAUUCUACCCCAAUCUGCUACUUAGCGGUACCGUUUGGCCGACACAAGCAAUGCCUCAAUUUAUUCGAUACUUCAGUUAUGUUUUGCCGCAAACUAUUCCCAUAGAGGCCAUGCGUUAUAUAUUAUCGCGCGGAUGGGACCUCUCGUACGGAAUCGUUGCGCUGGGCUUUGGAGUGACCAUCGCUUGGAUUAUAUUCUUCCUCAGCGCAGCCGUCAUUAUUUUCAAAUAUAAAAAAUAGAUUUCAUUUGAUAGAGUUUUUUAUAUAAAUAUUACUCUCCACUGUAUAUCUCAUUUUAAUAAUUUAGCUUUUAAUUUUUUUACAUUUUAAAUCUCAUUUCAAUUUUAAGAUUCUUUAUACGAGUUCUCAAAAGUUUUGAAUAAAAAAAGUUUGAGUAUUUAGUUGUAAAA